ACCCUGAGCAGUAUCACCAGGAGCACUGUCACCAUGAGCAAUAUCACCGUAAGCACUGUCACCAUGGACACUGAAACCAUUGACAGUGUCACUGGGAGCACUGUCAACAUAAGCACUAUCACCAUGAGCACUGCCACAAUGAGCAUUGUAACCAUGGGAACUGCCACCAUGAGUGUUGUCAUCAUGAGCAAUCUCAACAUGAGCACUCUCACCAUGGGCACUGUCACCGUGAGCAAUAUCACCAUGAGCACUCUCAGCAAGGGCACUGUCAACAUGGCCACUAUCACCGUGAGCUCUGUCACCUUGAGCGUUAUCACUGUGGGCAAUGUCACCAUGGGCACUUUCACCGUGAGCACUGUCACCACUGGCACUAUCACCAUGGGCACUGUCACAAUGGGCAGUUUAACCAUGAGCACCAUCACCAUGGGCAUUGUCACCAUGAGCACUGUCACCAUGGGCAGUGUGACCCUGGGCACUUUCACCAUAGGCACUGUCUCCAUGGGCACUUUCACUAUGGGCACUACCACCGUGUGCAUGUCACCAUGGGCACUGCCACCAUGGGUACUAUCACUGUGAGCACUGUCACCAUGGGCACUGCCACCAUGGGUGCUAUCACUGUGUGCACAGUCACCAUGGGCACUGUCACCGAUAG